GAUUGUUAAAGUCAUUCAGCAAAAUAUGGGAGGACUCAAAUUUGAAGAAUGGAGAAAGCCAGACAAUGUCGUCCUCCUGCUCGAGGGGGCCUACUAUGAGCUGGGGUUCCUGGUGUGCGCGACCGUCGGCGUUUUGUUCGUGGUCCUGGUCCCCGUGUUGGGCAUGUGCUUCUGUGUUUGUCGUUGCUGCGAGAAUUGCGGCGGAGAGAUGCACCAGAGACAAAGGAAAAACGCCGAUUGCCGACGAGGUUUCUUCACCACCACGCUCAUUGCCACCACCAUCACCAUCAUUCUGGGGGUACUCGUGGCCUACGCAGCAAACCACAACCUGAGCUCGCACAUCAAGAGCACUCGGCGGUUCAUUAACACCAACAUCAGAGACUUGAAGACAUUCGCCAACAACACACCCGCGCAAAUCGAAUACAUGACCGCCCAGUACACGACAGUCAAAAAUAAAGUCCUGUCCGAACUCGACAAUAUUGGACCUUUACUGGGCGGGAGGAUUCACAGUCAGCUGGAAAAGGAAGUGGUUCCGUCCCUGGACACGGCCUUGCGCAUGGCAGGAGUUAAAGUUGAGAAUGCAAUCAAAGCCAUGCGUGAGACAAAGGAGGCGCUGGAGAGCGUCAGCUCAUCGCUGCAAAUCCUCCAAGAAGGCACAGACGCGCUCAAGGACAGUCUGUCCACAGAGAGAGCGUCACUGUCCAACACCUUGUCGGACCCGGCCUGCACCAACGGCGCCGUGUCGCCGAGCUGCAACGCCAUCCGCGCCACGCUUUUCCAGCUGGGCGUCAACGCCGACUUCUCAAAGCUCCCGGAUGUCGACUUUGCCUUGGAGAAUGUCCACACGGUCCUGAAGACAGACCUCAGUAACAUUAUACAGAAGGGCUACACGUCCUUCAAUGACACGCCGAGGCUGGUCAAAGAGCAAACCAAAAACAUUAUAGGAGCGUUACCUCGAGUGAAAGGGAUGCUGGAUAAAAUCGGCUCUGAGAUCAACGGCUUCGCCAAAAUGUUUCCAGUGGAGGCGUCGCUGGCCAACUUCACCAUCUUCCUGAACCAAGGGCAAAAGAACAUUGAGUCGUACUACGCACAGAUUGACCAAAUUGACUUCUACAGGUGGAUCGGCUGUGUGGCGGUGCUGUGCAUGGUGGUGCUCAUCCUGUCCUUCAACAUCUUGGGCCUGCUGUGCGGCACGUGCGGCUAUGACAAGCAAGCCACGCCAACCAGCCGCGGCUGUUUGUCCAACACGGGCGGGAACCUGCUGAUGGCCGGUGUGGGCUUCUCCUUCAUCUUCGCCUGGGUGCUGAUGGCCAUCGUUACUACGCUGUUUGUCGUCGGGGGCAACGUGGAGAAAAUUUUGUGCGAGCCGCUGGCCAGCCGGCAGCUGUUCCAAAUCAUAGACACACCCUUCCUGGUCCAUCCGGCCAAGAAGAACUUCCUUCCUGGAAUGCUCUUUCAGAACCCAAACAUUGACUUAACCUUGGGGAGCAUGUACAGAGAGUGCUACGACAACAACGGGCUGUAUCACGCUCUUCAGCUGGAGACCAUGUUCAACAUCAACUCCUUCCUCAACAGGACAGUGUACAACAAAGACCUGGCCAAAGUGCUUGAGAACGUGCAGGUGGACAUGCAGGACGUCACGCUGCUGGAACAGGAGGGCAGAGACAACCUCAUCAACUUUGCCAACGCGGGCAUCGGAAUCAUCGACUACGAAGCCUACCUGGCUGAGGUGAAUAAGGGAACCACCCUUGUGGACCUUCUGACCUUUGCCACUGACCUGGAGGGGCAGGCUGACCAGCUUCCACGUGGCGCUCUGGAGAACGCGCUCAAAGGUCACGCCAGCAGCGUCCGACAGAUCCACCGAGAAGUGGUGAUCCCCAUGGAGCAAGCCAUGAAAUAUGUCCGUGCCAGGAGCACCUUGAGUCAAAGCAUAAAGCAGCUGCAGAAAACCUCCAAAGACCUGCCGGUGAAGGUGACCAACAUCCUGAGCGCCAUUGAUGCCUCAGAGUACCUCAUCAGUAACAACGCCUCACAUGUGGUGAAACAGGAAACCAGAAACUAUGUCCAAAGCUUGGUGGGAUACUUCAAACAGUACACAGACUGGGUUCACAACUCUCUGACUGCGGAAGUGGCUCAGUGUAAACCCAUCAGCAACAUUGUGGACAGCAUGGAGAUCGUUGCGUGCAGCUUCAUUGCCGACUCAGUGAACACGUUCUGGUUUGGACUGGGACUGUGCAGCAUCCUGCUGCUCCCCAGUAUCAUCAUCUCCAUCAAACUGGCCAAAUACUACCGAAGGAUGGACACGGAGGACGUCUUCGAAGAUAGCUCCCCCUAUAGCGACACCCUGUUCCGAUUCCCUCGAGCCUCGGCUCCCCCGAUCUGCGCCGACUGCUGAUUCAAAAUGGAGGUUGUCUCCCCCAUGACGAGUGGACAAGAAAACUGGAACUGAAGCGCCGGUUCUCGUAAGUGCUUGUUUUAUGUCAUCCUGACUCAAGAAAAAAAAGGGAAGGCAAACAACAAGGCCCAUUUAUUGACUGUUGGUGAUUCUCGACGUCGCCCUUCAGUUUUCCAAGAUAACCCAAUUCUGGAUUUCCUCUACAAAUCUUUGGAUUAUCCCAAAACCAACGGGGUGGGGGUGGGGGACUAAGGUUAACAAACAAACAGGAACUCUGAACUUUCCAGCCAAUUGUCAUGUACUUAUUCAAAGCUACCCGAAUGUGUUUUAACUCACCUGUCUUUCUCACAUAGCUAAUUCCGUCUGUAUCCUUACUGUCAGUCACAUGGACACAAUGUGUACAUUUUUAUAUAUAUAUAUAUAUAUAUUUGUUUAUGUUUCUUUUUCUAACAUAUGUUUAGUUUUUGUUUUGUUUUUUUGUAGAACUAGCCUUUCCUUUAUGUGAGAGCGAAACUAUUAGCAUGGUUUGCGCUCAAGAGGUUACGAGAGUGGUUUGAGGAAUAUUAAAUUGUU